AUGUCAUCAAUUCUCCGCCAGAUCGUCGCAGGGCCUAGACAACAGCACCCAGAGGCAGGACUCGACUUAUGCUAUGUGACAGACAACCUGAUCGCAACCUCCGGUCCAUCAGGAACAUAUCCCCAACGCGCAUACCGAAACCCCCUGGACGCGCUGGUCAAGUACCUGGACACAAAACAUGGCUCGAACUGGUGCAUCUGGGAGUUCCGCGCCGAGGGCACAGGGUACCCGGACUCAGAAGUCUACGGGCGCAUUCACCACUUCCCCUGGCCAGACCACCACCCGCCACCCUUCGCGCUGAUCCCCAAUAUCAUGGGCAGCAUGCGCAACUGGCUCCAUCGCCUCGAUCAGGAUAAAGAUAAGCAGGAUGAGCAGGAGCGCGUGGCAGUCGUGCACUGCAAGGCGGGUAAAGGGCGCAGUGGGACGGUCGCGUGCGCGUACCUCAUCAGCCAGGAGGGGUGGAAGAAAGAAGAUGCGUUACAGCGAUUCACUGAUCGGCGAAUGCGCGUGGGAUUCGGCAACGGCGUCAGCAUUCCCAGCCAGCUGCGAUAUGUCGGGUAUAUCGACCGGUGGGCGAAUCAGAUGGACAAGCAGUAUGUCGAACGACCGGUUGAGAUUCUAGAAGUGCAUCUGUGGGGGUUGAGGGAUGGGGUCAAGGUUGCUGUGGAGGGUUAUGUGGAUGAAGGGAAGAAGAUCAAAUGUUUUCAUCUCUUCCAUCGGAACGAACGCACCAUCAUUGAAGAUGGAAAGACCGAGAAACAGAACAAGCCCGCAACCACAACCUCCACGCCUUCCCCUGAUCCGUCCCAAUCGGAUGUCUCAACACCACAACACACUGUCACGCCAGGCACUGUCCCAGCCUUGAUAUUCAAGCCUCACAACCCCCUCAUCGUUCCCAGCUCUGAUGUAAACAUCGACCUGGAGCGGCGCAGCAAGGCCUCCUACACUGGCUUUGCGAUGGUGACAUCCAUCGCACACGUCUGGUUCAAUCCCUACUUCGAAGGCGGAGCAGAGCACGACUCUGGAGUUUUCGAAACGGAAUGGGAUGCCAUGGACGGCAUCAAGGGAAGUGCGAGGAAAGGAAUACGUGCAUUGGACAAGCUCAAGGUCGUCUGGCGGUAUCCGUCAGAGUCCCCCAAGGGAAAAGAGAAAGAAGCCCCAGUCGAAGGGAGACCAAUCAGCCAGCCUAAUCCCGGUGAAUCCAUCCAUGAAAGCGAUCCGGCCGAUUGGCGUGGAGUCGCGAACCCGAGCAUGGAGAAAAUAAGUCCUCCUGUCAAAUCUGUCAAAUCUCCGAAAUCGCAGAAGAGUACGACGAGUCUUUCGGAUAAGACCAAGGAAGUGGCUCAUGUCAUAGAGAAGGAGCUUGGGCUCCGAAAGCAGACGGAUGAGAGCAAAGAUGUGAGUUUGGCUGGGAGUGAUGAUGAGAUAGUCACCACCGACGAUGAGGGAAGGAAGGUGAAAUUGAAGAAGGACCAGGAGGAUAUUUUAGAGGGUGUCAAGGCGCAUUAUGGAAAGGACAGCAAGGAUGCGACUGACUCCAGUGGGAAUUAG